GGGUGAUGUCUGAAGAAAGAUGGCGGAAGGAGGAGCGGCGGAUCUGGAUACCCAGAGAGGAGAGGUCGCGGCGCUGCUGAAAACACAGCUGAGAAAGGGAGACACAUGGUACCUUGUGGAUAGUCACUGGUUCAAACAGUGGAAGAAAUAUGUGGGAUUUGACAGCUGGGACAAAUACCAAAUGGGUGAUCAGAAUGUCUACCCCGGUCCAGUUGAUAACUCUGGUCUUCUCAGAGAUGGGGAUGUGUUGGCUAUCAAGGAGCACCUCAUUGAUGAGCUGGACUACAUCCUCGUUCCAACAGAGGGCUGGAAUAAACUUGUAAGCUGGUAUGGCCUGACAGAGGGGCAGGAGCCAAUCGCUCGUAAGGUGGUGGAACAGGGUAUGUUUGUGAAGCACUGCAAGGUGGAGGUGUACCUGACAGAGCUGAAGCUCUGUGAAGACAGCAACAUGGACAAUGUCAUCACCAGACGCUUCAGCAAAGCUGACACUAUCGACAUGAUUGAGAAGGAAAUGAGGAAGCUGUUCAGCAUCCCUGAUGAGAAGGAGACCCGGCUGUGGAACAGGUACAUGAGCAACACGUUUGAGCCUCUCAACAAACCUGACAGCACCAUCCAGGACGCCGGCCUCUACCAAGGACAGGUUCUUGUUAUAGAGCAGAAGAACGAGGAUGGCUCAUGGCCUCGAGGCUCCACGGCACCCAAGUCAUCUGGUGCUUCCAAUCUCUCUGCUUUGCCAAAGAUCUCGCCUUCAUCUCUCACAAACAAUCAUAACAGCAGCUUCAACAGCAGGAAUGUGAAGAACUCCAGCUACAGCUUACCGUCCUACCACCCCUACAGCAACAGCUAUGACUACUCCGACCAGAGUAGGCAGAGCGAGCGCUCAGGCCUCUGUGGACUCUCCAAUCUGGGCAACACCUGUUUCAUGAACUCUGCUGUGCAGUGUUUAAGCAAUAUCCCUCCACUGACGGAGUACUUCCUUAAAGACAAGUACACAGACGAGCUGAAUGAGGACAACCCGCUGGGCAUGAAGGGGGAGAUUGCCAGAGCCUACGCCGAGCUUAUUAAGCAGCUGUGGUCGGGCAAAUACAGCUACGUCACACCAAGGCCUUUCAAGACCCAGGUGGGCCGCUUCGCCCCCCAGUUCUCAGGCUACCAGCAGCAGGACUCACACGAGCUCCUGGCAUUCCUUCUGGACGGCCUCCACGAGGAUUUGAACCGCAUCAGGAAGAAGCCCUACAUCCAGCUUAAGGAUGCUAAUGGGCGACCUGAUAAGGUUGUUGCUGAAGAAGCCUGGGAGAACCACAUCAAAAGAAACGACUCCAUCAUCGUGGACAUCUUCCACGGCUUGUUCAAGUCCACUUUAGUGUGUCCUGUGUGCUCCAAGGUCUCGGUGACCUUCGACCCGUUCUGCUACCUGACCCUGCCUCUGCCCAUGAAGAAGGAGCGGACGCUAGAGGUCUAUUUAGUCAGGCUGGAUCCGCUGGCCAAACCCACACAGUACAAGCUGACUGUUCCGAAGGUGGGCUACAUCUCUGACCUGUGUACCUCCCUCUCCACCCUGUCUGGGGUCCCUGCUGAAAAGAUGAUCGUGACUGACAUCUACAACCACCGCUUCCACCGAAUCUUUGCCACCAACGAAAACCUCAGCAGCAUAAUGGAACGAGACGACAUCUACGUCUUCGAGGUGGCGGUGAACAGAGUGGAGGACACAGACCACGUAGUAAUCCCGGUGCACUUGAGGGAAAAAUACAAACAGUCGGGCUACAACCACACCAGCACGCCGCUGUUCGGCCAGCCUUUCCUCAUCGCCGUCCCCAGAACGCUGAGCGAGGACAAACUCUACAACAUGCUGCUGCUGCGCCUCUGCCGGUUUGUGCGAUCUUCAGUUGAGGAGGAUGAGGAGGACUGUGAAGAGACGCAGCCGUCCAAACAACACACUGUCAAUGGGAAUGCCACUAAUGGACUCCUGGAGGAGGGGUCGCCAAGUGAGAUGGAGACCGACGAGCAGGACGACGAGUCGAGCCAGGAUCAGGAGCUGCCGUCGGAGAACGACAACAGCCAGUCGGAGGAUUCCGUGGGCGGCGACAACGAGCUGGAGAACGGCGUGGUCGGUCCGACCAACUCCACCAAAGGCCAGCAGACAGCGGGGCACAACAGAAAGAGACUGUUCACAUUCCAGUUCAACAACAUGGGCAAAACGGAUUUCUCGCUCAUCAAGGAGGACACCAGGCAGAUCCGCUUUGACGAGGGACACCUCCGACUUAGCGACCGCUCGUAUCUCUCCCUGGACUGGGAGCCGGAGAUUAAGAAGAAAUACUUUGAUGAGACCGCCGUCGAGGACUUUGACAAGCAUGAGAGCAUGGAGUACAAACCUCAGAAGAAGGCUUUCUUCAAGCUGAAGGACUGCAUCGAGCUGUUCACCACCAAGGAGAAACUGGGAGCCGAGGACCCCUGGUACUGUCCAAACUGUAAGCAGCAUCAGCAGGCAACUAAGAAGCUGGACCUGUGGUCGCUGCCGCCGGUGCUGGUGGUCCAUCUGAAGCGCUUCUCCUACAGCCGCUACAUGCGGGAUAAGCUGGACUCGCUGGUUGACUUCCCCCUCAGAGAUCUGGACAUGUCCGAAUUCCUGAUCAACCCCAACGCCGGGCCGUGUCGCUACGACCUGAUCGCUGUAUCGAACCACUACGGCGGGAUGGGCGGAGGCCACUAUACCGCUUAUGCCAAGAACAAAGACGAUGACAAGUGGUACAACUACGACGACAGCAGCGUGUCUCCUGCCAACGAGGAUCAGAUCGUGUCCAAAGCCGGAUACGUGCUGUUCUACCAGCGCCAGGACACGGUGAAAGGCACCGGCUACUUCGCCCUGGACCGCGAGGAGGAGGAGGAAGACGAGGAGGAGGAAGAGGAGGGGGAGGAGGAGGAGAACGAAGGUGAGGAGAGACAGGAGAGGAAGGGCGCCUCGUCCACCCAGGGGGCGUCGUCGGCCGCCGCCGCCGCCUCCGCUGCGGCCGCCACGGUUCAGAGUGACGAGGAGGACCCCAACGAGAACCGGCGCCGGAAAAACGACAAUGAGCUGGAGGACGAAGAGGAGGAAGAGGAGGAGGAGGACGAAGAGGAGGAGGAACAGGCGCCGAAUCGGGACAUCGCCAUGAAAACCAACUGACGAGGACGAGGACGGGGGAAUACGCCGAACCAGAGCGAGAGAAAGGGAUCCUUCCAUCCAAAGCCAUACGGACACUCAGCAUGACGGCGGGCGCCGGCGGUCCCGCCCAGCGGCUCGGACUGGGCCGCUCCAGGGGGGCAGAGCCACUGCGGGGACCGCCACUGACCGUGGAGGUCAGAGAGCCGCCGGGGUACACAACUCUAAGAAAUCAGGGCCCUCCUCUGUGGUGGAUCACUGCGCGCGUGUGUGUGUUUGUGUGUGUGUGUGUGUGUGUGUGUGUGUGUGUGUGUGUGUGUGUGUGUGUCGCCACGUCCAUUUGUGCAAAGUGUGCUCACCUGAACGACACCCUCGGGAUCGAUUCAGAGGCUUCGCUACGCUUCAGCGCCGCGACAUGGAUCUCCCGCUGCUUUUUUUUUUUUUUUUUUUUUUUUUUGCUGUUUUUUUUUUAAUACAUAUAUAUAUAAUUAUAUUUUUGAGAGCAAUGCAUUGUUGGCAUAUCGUUUUAAGUAUCAUAGAUUUUUGUAAAUAUUUUAAACACUGAAUUAAAAUGAGUUUUCAUGAUGCGCUGAAACAUUUUGAACUUGCACAAUCACCAACCAUCCACCCUUGUUUUUCCCCUUUUUUUUUUUUUUUUUUUUGUAUUAAUGCCAGACAUACUGCAACUGUUAAAGCAACUUUUGUCUCUCAGAGGGUUUUUCACACACAAAAAGCUUAAGAAGCUGCCUUUUAGCGAGCCUGUGGUGAAUUGUGUCUACAAUCGAGGCUUCUUCUCUCGGAGUAACGCCCGUAGCCGUGUGGUUUUAUAAAGUGUCAAACGGCCAAACUGUCCUCGCUUCGUGCUGCUAACGCUCCAGUUCAGCUUCUUUUUUUAUUUUAGACGAUUACAGUCCUGAUUUCGAUUCUUUUUUUCCUUCCUCCGUUAGCUGGAUAAGAUCUUAACUACCUGCGUGUUUUGAGAAUUACUUUAACUUUGGGGGGGGGGGGGGAAAAAAACCCAGCCCAGCGGAUUGUGUUUUAGUGCAUUAGAGAGCACAGUAGUAGAAGCACUCUGUCUUAAGCAACUCGACAUACUGCUGUCUGGACAAGUUGGCCGAGAUCCUCCGCGUCGCUCCCUCCUCCGCUCGCUCUCCUCCACCUCGCCCGAGGCGCUCCGGGAUUAGGGACAUGGGUGGUUCGGCUGGCAUCAGACGCGUCGUCCUCUCAUGUCGGGAUCACCUCGGCCUUAACUCCUGAUCUCGGACCGGCCGCCGCCUCCUCCUCUUUGCACGUCGCUGUCGCGCCAUCUCCCUCGCAACCACGCCGUCUCCCAGGGUUACUUUCAUCCCACACGAGGGCCAGAAUGUAUGCUGAAUGGAAUGAACACAGACCACAUGUUUGUGAUCGAUGCCUUUUCAUUAAUUUCUUCCCCUUUUUUUUUUUUUUUUUUUUUUUUUUUUAUUAUUUAGUUUUUCCUGCUUGGUUUGGUUGAAUGUGAUGGGAUUUGGGUCUCCGCCUUCGACAUUGGCUCUAUAAAUUUAUGGGCGUUUGCGUUGGGCUGCCUCCCUUUCCAGUGGGAGGCGUUGCUUCUUUGUGGACCUGAGGGGAGGGGAGGUGGGGGGGCAACUAAACUGAAAUCCGUGGGGUGAGUCUUCCUAAAAGGCCUUUUAGCUUUCAGCAUCAUCAAGCAGCGAGAAUAUUCUGCGGCGUUUGGAUUUGACUUCUCUCCAUGCUGGAGCGCUUCGUUUUCUUUACCGUUUUUUUUUUUUUCUUUUCUCCCCCCCCCCCCACUCCAUUGUAAACAGCAUUAAGCGUACCUGUUGCUGCCUUGGAUGUGUGACAGGCCUCUCCGAGCAUCUCUCAGCUUAGCGCCGCCGCCUUGCUUUUCGGGCGACUCACCCCACCCUGACUGAGUGAAAUGUGACUGCUACUAUAGGCUGAUACAAUACUGUACAUAAGAGUUCACUCUGUGAGUGCACAUUUGAUAAAAGUUUAUUUAUUUAUAUGUAAGCAUUUAAUAAUAAACAGACAAUAUAUUUAAAAGUGUGGCAAGACGUUUGGGGGGGGGGGGGAGGUUGGCUUGAGCUCACAUGUACACACUAGUUUGGAAAGUCUUGCCUGUGCUCUUGUCAGGUAGGGGAUAUUUUUUAAGAAAUUAAAGGGUGAUUCUGUUGUUUUGGGACUUUUUUGUAAGAAGAGAAAAAUCCUCCAGACAUCCUUGCAUGACGGCGUAGUGGGGGUUUCCAGGUUUGGCUGCACUUGAGUUCACUUGGGUUUACAUUUGAAAUGUGCAUGUGUAUUUAUACACAAUCUUCAAUAAAGUUGUGUAAAGCUUC